AUGCUCAACCUGGAAGUGCUCGCUCUACAAACAUUGUCUCUAAUUUUAUUUCUGCCUGGCAACACAAUAUCUUCUGAUCCUAGUGAUAUUUCUAUGGAUACCGUUCUGGAGCACAUCACAUUGGGUGAAGCAUCUGUCCCUCAUGGCUAUAGCGCUGAUGAAUCAGGUAAUUUGCUGCUAGACAACGAGUUGGAGAGCUAUGAGCAAGUGGUGGAUGGCAUGGAGCUUCAAUCCAUGGUGAAUGGGUCUGAGGAGGUUGAGGCUGAGGGCCGUGAUAUUUCUGGCAAAAUCAAACCAAAUAUUGACAUAUUAUAUCCAAAUACAUAG